AUGUCAUCUUUUCCUAACAUCACGUCGUCUUCUCUGAUCUUUUUUCUGAUGGGAGUUCCAGGACUAGACGUUGCUCAUGCCUGGAUCUCCAUCCCCUUCUGCUGUCUCUACAUAACUGCUCUCUCUGGGAAUGGUGUAAUCCUGUUUGUCAUCAUCACGGAGUCAAGUCUCCAUGAACCUAUGUACUAUUUCCUCUCUAUGCUCUCAACCACUGACAUGGGAUUGUGUAUUUCCACACUAGUCACUACACUGGGUAUAUUCUGGUUCAAUGCAAGACAGAUCAGUUUCCAUGCCUGUGUUGCCCAGAUGUUCUUUAUCCAACUCUUUACUGUCAUGGAGUCCUCAGUGCUCUUGGUGAUGGCCUUUGACUGCUUCAUUGCCAUUUGCAACCCACUGAGAUAUGCUACCAUCUUGACUGACUCCAGAAUUCUCAAAGUAAUUCUCAAAGUGUGGUUUGCCAUCCUUGUCAGGGGGACUGUGAUCCUAAUGCCUCUGGUCCUGCUUCUUAAACGUCUGACAUUCUGCCAGAGCCAUGUGCUUCAUCAUUCCUACUGUUUCCAUCCUGAUGUGAUCCAGCUUUCAUGUUCUGACAAUAAGAUCAACAGUGUUUUAGGACUUACUGCCCUCAUAGUUACCGCAGGAGUGGACUCCAUCUUUAUUCUUCUCUCUUAUAUAAUGAUUAUUAAGACCAUUCUAUGCAUUGCUUCCCCAGAGGAACGGCUUAAGGCCUUUAGCACUUGCAUCUCCCACAUUAGUGUUGUUUCCAUCUUCUACAUACCUCUCAUUAGCUUGUGCUUUGUCCAUAGGUUUGGGAAAAGAGCUCCUCCUUACGUACAUACUCUUAUGGCCAAUGUGUAUUUGCUUAUUCCACCAGUAAUGAAUCCCAUUAUUUACCGUGUGAAAACAAAGCAGAUCCGUAGGGCCAUUAAAAAAAGUCAUCUUACCCAAGGGGACUUUAAUAUCUCUGCAAUAAAAUCUACUCUUAAUUAUCACUUUCAAGGCCUACUGAUUAAUCAGUUACAAUCUCUUAUCACUGAUCUGAAAUCAAAAAAGUAG